GUAGCUGGACCAGAGGUGGAAGCUAAACUGAAAGCAGCAAAAGUGAAUCGAGGAGAAAUUUAUGUGACCCAGUCUGGAAACUUCCCCUGUAAAGCUAUUUUACAUGUAUGUGGAGAAAAGGAUCAAGCUCUCAUUGAACAACUUGUGUGUGAUAUCAUUGGCUAUUGUGAAUGCUAUAAAUACAGUUCAGUGGCAAUUCCUGCCAUCUGUGCUGGAGCUGGAGGGUUGAAUCCUGCGAUUGUAGCAGGAGCCAUUCUUCAAGGAAUCAAGGCUUCUGCAUCAUCUAUGAACAGCCUCACCAACAUCCGUCUCAUCCUGAUUAAGAUCGAUGUCUUCUUGGCUUUUAAAGAGAAAGCGAUGCAGAUGUAUUCCUCAGCUGUCAUCAACAGAGUACUUCCAGUUCAAGUACAGCAACAACAGCCUCCUCUUUCUGUGAGUGCAUACCUCAGCAGUCUCCAAAUCAGCUCUACAAUUCAGCAGUCUGUCUUCACGUUCCUGGGUCUUUCCAAAAAAGACGUUGAUGAUGCCAUGGAAAAGCUGAAGCAUCAAUAUCACACACAGUGCUCCAGUAAAACCUUCUUAAAGGAGGAACUGGAACCCCUCGACCAGGAUGACAUGAUGGAGCUGAAGGAGCUGGUGGAGUCUGAGGGUUUAUUCAUGCAAACUGAUCAGUCUGGCUCUCUAACAGUGAGUGGGUUGAAAGACGGGGUCACCCGGGUGAUCCAGAAAAUGAAUCAGUGUCAGUUAAUGGGUCUUGCUAAUGAGGUGAGAGUCAGGGAGGAGGAGGAAUUGUACCUCCGAGUUGUUUGGUGCAUCCUGGCACAUAACGGUAACUGGGAAAGACUUCCCAGAACAGCCAAUCACCAACUGGAAAACAACGAAUUAACAGAAGGAAUAACAGACGCACAGGGACUCGUAUGGGAGGUUAAUCUUCAGACAAUGAUGGCCACACAGCAACUGAGCAGACAGGCGAUGAAGCUAAAGCGACUUGAGAAUCUGAGAG